AUGUCGACAGCCAAAAAGUUGAUUGUUGUUGUCGGUGCCACUGGCAAUCAGGGUUCGUCCGUCGUCAAGCACUUCCUUGCACUCCCAAAUUGGCGUGUUCGUGCCAUAACCCGCAACACGUCUUCACCGGCUGCCCAGAGCCUUGCGUCACAAGGUGCUGAAGUCGUAMAAGCCGAUCUAUUCGAUAUCAGCUCCUUGUCCACUGCCUUUGAGAGCGCCAACGCUCUGUUUGUGAACACGGAUUUCUGGGGUUCAUAUCGAAACUCGACCGCCAUAACGGACGAGGAACGAGAAAGAUUAGGGGAAGCGUGUCUUCAGCAAGAGGUAGAACGUGGAAAGAAUGCAGCCAUCGCCGCUGCUGCCCUGCCAUCUCUUGAGAUAUUUGUGUACUCCGCCCUUGGUCCGAUGAAGAAAGCCUCCAAAGGAAAAUACUACAGAUCUCACCAUUGGGAUUCCAAAGCAACAAUUGUCGAAUACAUUGAGAAUGAACAGAAAGCGCUAGCCAAGAAGAGUUCUUUCAUCUACCUUGGUGCUUAUGCAACCAAUCCUUUGAUUCAGCCUAGAUUCGAUCCGUCCACCGGCACUUACAAAAUGAUCAUUCCAUUUGAUAGAGAAUUCAAAAUGCCAAUAAUUCUUCAAAAAGAAUCAACGGGUCACUUUGUCCAUGCGCUUGUUGAGAAUGAAGCGCCGGGAAUCAAGUUGCUUGCUUAUAAUGAAUAUCCAACCUUGGCUGAAGUGGCUAAUCUCUGGACUCAGGCAACUGGCAAGUCUGUUGAGAUCGUGUCAAUUACCCCUGCCAUGAUGCAUGACCAAUUUGGAGUCUCGUGGGAAGUCUUGGAAGCAGCCUUGUUUUUGCCGGAAUAUGGCUAUAUGGGAGGUAUUGAUGGAUUUAUAGAGCCAUCCCAAUUAACAAAGCCAGUAGAAACAAAAUCUUACAGUGAUUGGCUCAAAGGGCAGGACUGGGAUGCAAUUCUUGAAGAGUCCAAGAAGGAGUUAGACGGCGUCAAGUAA